AAAAGUUAAAAUAAAGACCAUGUGUUUCAUUUACUGUUUAAUGUUACUUGAUAUAUUAAACCAAAAAAAUAGUUAAAUUAGAAAUAACUAAGUAUUUAACAACAUUUAAUACAUUUAAAUAAAAUUUUUUUCUCAUAUGAAAAUCGUAAUUAUUGUAUAAGUGUUGAGACAAUUAUUAUUAAAAGUGUUAAUUGAUAAUUGUGUUUAGUGGUCCAAAGACUUAAUUAAACGUUUCAUUCAUACGGAUUUCUAUAAAUUAGCGAUGUCUUAUCAACUAUCAUCAAUACCACAUUGUUCUGACCCAUUCUUAGGACCAACUUUGGCACAAGGGUGUCCAGGGUCGCAAUUUGUAUUAUUUAUGACGCUAUUAGAUACAUUUAUAAGAGGAAAAAGGGAAGUUUCUCAACUGUGUGAAAGAAUAAUUCCUACAAAUCCUGCUGAAAAUUAUUAUGAUUUUAUUGUAAUUGGUGGAGGCUCAGCAGGUUCAGUAGUGGCAUCAAGAUUAAGUGAGAUUCCAGAGUGGAAAGUUCUUCUCCUUGAAGCUGGUCCUGAUGAACCACCCGGCACUAGCAUACCAAGUAUGGUUGGAAUGUUUCUGGGAAGUGAUAUUGACUGGCAAUACAAUACAACGAAUGAAAAAUUUGCGUGUUUGUCUACCGAUGGAUCGUGCAGCUGGCCAAGAGGUAAAAAUCUUGGUGGAACUUCUUCUCAUAAUGGAAUGAUGUAUAUUCGAGGUCAUCCGCAAGAUUUUAACAACUGGGAAACGCUUGGAAAUAAAGGGUGGUCGUGGAAAGAGGUAUUGCCAUAUUUCAUGUGUAUGGAAAACAAUACUGAACUUCAUAGAGUUGGAACCAAAUAUCAUUCAGCAGGUGGCCCUUUAAAUGUAGAAAGGUUUUCUUGGCAACCUCCAAUCACGAAUGAUAUCUUAAAAGCAGCCGAAGAAGUGGGAUAUAAACUAAUAGAAGAUUUAAAUGGUGAUGAUGUUAGUGGAUUUACAAUCGCUCAAACAAAUAGUAAGAAUGGUGUAAGAGUCAGUAGUGCCGCUGCUUUUCUGAGACCCAUAAGAAAUCGCCGUAAUCUGCACAUCAUGUUAAACGCUACAGUGGCCAGAUUAAUUAUAGAGGAUAGUAAAGCUGUUGGUGUUCAAUAUUACAAGGAUGGAGAAUAUAGAGCAGCUAGAGUAACAAAAGAAAUUGUUGUCAGCGCUGGAGCUGUUAAUUCACCACAAAUUUUGUUGCUAUCAGGAAUAGGGCCUGCCGAGCAUUUAAAGUCAGUAAAUGUUCAGUUAGUAAAAGAUCUUCCUGGUGUUGGUGAAAAUCUUCAUAAUCAUGUAUCUUACACAAUAUCAUGGAGCAUUAAUCAACGUGAUGAGUAUUACUUAAACUGGGCUGCUGUUACUGAAUACGUAUCAGAUCAAAAGGGAAUAAUGAGUUCCACGGGUUUGGCACAAAUUACGGGUAUUGUUCCUUCAAGGUAUACUACUAAUGAUCAUCCAGAUAUCCAAUUUUUCUUUGGAGGAUAUCAAGCUUCUUGUGCUGCUAGUGGUGAAGUUGGAUCACUCAUGAGUAAUGACCUACGUAGAAUAAGCGCUUCACCAACUCAUUUACAGCCUCGCAGCAGAGGAAGACUUCGAUUAGCGAGUAAUAACCCAUUUGUACAUCCAAUAAUUACCGCAAACUAUUUGCAAGAUCCACAAGAUCGAGCAAUUAUGGUAGAAGGAAUACUUAAAGUAAUGUCUCUUUCGCAAACUAAUGCUUUAAGAAAAUACAACCUGCAACUUGUAAACCGACCAAUUCGAGCAUGUUCAAUGUAUGCAUUUCUUACUCCUGAAUAUUGGGACUGUGCUAUUCGUCAAGAUACAGGUCCUGAAAAUCAUCAAGCUGGAUCAUGUAAAAUGGGACCACCAUCUGAUCCACAGGCUGUAGUAGAUCCUGAAUUAAAGGUUUAUGGAAUUAAAGGGUUAAGAAUAGCAGAUGCUUCUAUAAUGCCUCAGGUCACUUCUGGCAACACUGCUGCUCCAUCAAUGAUGAUUGGAGAAAGAGUUGCUGCAUUUAUUAAGAAGGAUUGGAAUGUUCCACCGACACUAUGCUCUACAUCCAUCAAUGAAAACUCGUUGGACCUUCUUCUUUGGGGAAUUAGAUAUUUGGACGUCAAUCAAAACAUCUGGCGUCGUUGAUAACAGUUUUUUUUAUCAUUGUUAACAUAAGAAUAUGUAUAUAUACAAUGGGGCUUUGCCCCCCUGCGCGCCAAGCUCCUGUCUCUAUUUUUUAUAUUUAUUUUAAUUUUUAUAAAUUUCAAGUCAUGUUUUCUUUAUAUGAAUUCAUCAUAAUAAGUUACAAUAAAUGAUAAAAGGAAAUAUUAAAAAAAGAAUCUGAAAUUUUAAAUUAUGUCACAAUUUUCACUCAAAUUAAACAAAUUUU